UUCGCGACAGUGAGCAUAUGGAAUAUGUGGUGACACGGUGAUCAGAUCGAGCGCACCCAAAUCAACGGGACAAGACAAGGUAAAAGACGUUUGGCGCGGACGGUAGACGAGCUGCUGACAGCGAAGGGAGAACAACCGAGCUCAACGCGUACACGUUUUUUAGUGGUUCUUUUUCUCGGAGAAACGAGCGUGAGGCGCUCGUGCGUUUGCUGAGAGAGACGCCGGUUGUAAACUUCCUGGGGCCGCGGUAUUUUCUCGCAAGUCGUCUCUUGAAGCUCGCUCUGUGCCGGGAGAAGGAAGCACCUCCACAAUGCCUCCCAUCGACAAUGACACCGGGAAGAAAGAGCUCAAGUCCCGGAUACAGCAGCUUAUUGACUCCCAUCAAGUGAUGGUCUUCAGUAAAAGCUACUGUCCGUACUGUGUCACGGUGAAAGACUUGUUCAAAGAGUUGAAUGUGGCUUGUAACGUGGUGGAGCUGGAUCUAAUCGAGGAUGGAACCAACUACCAGGACAUGCUGCUUGAGAUGACUGGACAGAAAAGCGUCCCUAAUGUCUUCAUCAACAAGAUGCAUGUCGGCGGCUGCGACAAAACGCUGCAGGCUCACGAAGACGGCAGCCUGAAGCAGCUGCUGAGCGGAGAAGAGGCCUACGAGUACGACCUGAUCGUCAUCGGAGGAGGAUCCGGGGGCCUGGCAUGCUCAAAGGAAGCUGCAAUGCUGGGGAAGAAGGUCAUGGUACUGGACUACGUUGUGCCCACGCCAAAGGGAACCACCUGGGGUCUUGGCGGAACCUGUGUAAACGUGGGUUGUAUUCCCAAGAAGCUGAUGCACCAGACCGCCGUGCUGAGCACCUCCCUGCAGGACGCCCGCAAGUUUGGCUGGGAGUUCAGCGAGACAGGUGAGGACUCAGAGCGCUGCCCCCGGAGGUCACGGAGGGGGGACACCGCGCCCGCUUGCCGUGUGACGCACAACUGGGACACAAUGAAGACGGCAGUGAACAACUACAUCGGCUCCCUGAACUGGGGCUACAGGGUGGCACUGAGGGACAAGAACGUCAACUAUGUCAACGCUUAUGCAGAGUUCAUUGAACCGCACAAAAUCAAGGCGACCAACAAACGAGGGAAGGAGACGUUUCACACAGCGGCUAAGUUCAUCUUGGCUACGGGCGAGAGGCCGCGCUACCUCGGCAUCCCUGGAGACAAGGAGUACUGCAUCACCAGCGACGACCUCUUCUCGCUACCCCACUGCCCGGGGAAGACCCUGGUGAUCGGGGCGUCGUACGUGGCGCUGGAGUGUGGCGGCUUCCUGGCCGGCCUGGGUCUCGACGUCACCGUCAUGGUCCGCUCCAUCCUGCUGAGGGGCUUCGACCAGGACAUGGCCAACCGGGCCGGGCAGCACAUGGAGGAGCACGGAGUAAAGUUCCUCCGCAAAUACGUCCCGGUGAAGGUAGAAGAGCUGGAAGCAGGCACUCCCGGCAGGCUGAAGGUUACGGCCAAAUCCACAGAGACUGAUGAGGUCAUCGAGGGAGAGUACAACACGGUGCUGAUAGCAGUGGGCAGAGACUCGUGCACAGACAAGGUCGGCCUGGACAAGAUCGGGGUCAAAGUCAAUCCCAAGAAUGGGAAGGUCCCGGUGAACGAUGAAGAGCAGACAAACGUGCCCCACAUCUACGCCAUUGGAGACAUUCUGGAGGGAAAGUGGGAGCUGACCCCUGUGGCCAUCCAGGCCGGCAAGCUGCUGGCGCGACGCCUCUACAAGGGCGCCACGCUCAAGUGCGACUACAUCAACGUUCCCACUACAGUCUUCACCCCGCUGGAGUACGGCUCCUGUGGUCUGUCAGAGGAGAGGGCCACCGAGCUCUAUGGAGAGGACCACAUUGAGGUGUACCACAGUCUGUUCUGGCCCCUGGAGUUCACUGUGCCCGGCAGAGACAACAACCAGUGCUACGCCAAGCUCAUCUGCAACAAGCUGGACAACGAUCGAGUCAUCGGGUUCCACUACCUUGGGCCCAACGCCGGAGAGGUUACGCAGGGCUUCGGCGUGGCCAUGAAAUGUGGCGCCACCAAGGAGCAGCUGGACGGCACCAUCGGCAUCCACCCAACGUGCGCUGAGGUCUUCACCACGCUGGACGUGACCAAGAGAUCCGGCGGAAACAUCGCUCAGAGCGGCUGCUGAGGUUAAACCCUGCUCGUUUAGCGGGCUGCGCUCACGUUAAGACUCUCGCUCCACCGCUUUAGUCCCGCCUCCCCUCCCAGAUACGUGGGGGGGGGGCGGAGGCGACUGACAGGCGCAAGUUCUGAUGUGAGUGCAACCUGCUGAACAGUGGGGUUACUCUGCUGAUUUUGUUAUUUUUUUACCCCAAUGGGCUCCACCUGUGUGUUCUUGUUGAGGAGCACCAAACACACACACACGUGUGUGUUUGGGCUGUUUGUGACAUCCUGGCCCGUAACCUGAAAUCACUGAGGUGGGCGAGGAUCGAUGUCCCUCAGCAGGAGCGCCCGAUGGCGGCCCCAACCCCCUUUGACCAAUCCACCCCCCCCCCCCAACAGCAAACUCUUCUCGUCAUGCUGGUGCAAGUAGCUGCCUGUGCUACGUGCACCAGGACUCAUUUGCCUCAAGUAUUCAUCUAAACGACAUCAGGAGCCGAGGAAAAUCCUUUCAAACCUCCUCAGGUUAAAAUGUAAUCCACAAUCCGACCUGAAUUUCUACUGUAGAAAAAUAAUGACCUUUUCGCAGGUUUCAACUAUUUAAAUUGAAUGAUCCGUUGUCCCAUCACUGCUGUAUGUGAAUGGUAAACAUUCUAGAUCAUUGUAUUCUCAUACUGUCCUCUACAGGUGAGCGACUUCUGUACAAAUGUCUUGUUGGUUGCUGUAGAUUACUUCAUAAGAUUUAAUAAAGGAUGAAUUCAC